GCAGAGUGACAGUUGUUUUGCAAUUCAGUGUUGAUAUACGACAUUGUUAAAACGUCGCACUAGUAUAAGUGUAGAACAUCGCGAUCACUCUAACUAGCGGUGAAAUACAGUACGUGGGAUUUAGAUAGUAGGUACAGUUUCAUAGAAUUUUGAGAUGUAUGCCUCGAAGGUAACGGCACCAUGAAAAAAGAAGAGAAGCUACAGCCUUUUUGAGUCUGUAGAAGAUCGUGGAUUGGCAGUGUAUAUUCUUUAAUGGAAAACAUAUAUUUGUCGGUUGGGAUGUCUUUCCGUGCACUGUCACAGUCGUUUCGGAUGGGUCUAACUACAGUCGCACAAUGUGUGCAUGAAACAUGCGCCACAAUGUGUGAAAUUCUGAGCCUUGUACACCUGCCUUCUCCUACUAUACCACUGCUUCAAACCGCUGCAAAACACAUGUAUGCCAACUGGAAUUUUCCGAAUUGUGUGGGCGCCAUUGAUGGUAAGCAUGUUCGGGUUAAAUGUCCACCUCAUUCUGGGACAAUGUAUUACAAUUACAAAAAAUAUUUUUCGCUUGCUUUACUAGCUGUAGCCGAUGCUAAUUGCAGAUUAAUAGCAGUUGACAUUGGAGGCUAUGGCAAGCAAUCAGAUAGUGGCACAUUUAGAGCAAGUAACUUGUACAAUAAUAUUUUGAACGAAACUGAAAACUGGCCUCCACCGAUAGAACUACCAGGUACUUCAGUAAAAGCCCCAUUAGUGUUGGUUGGAGAUGAAGCCUUUCCACUACUGGAAAACUUAAUGCGCCCUUUCCCUGGACUGUCACUGACUGAGGAAGAGAGGUUAUUUAACAGGAGGCUAUCGAGGGCUAGAACGGUGGUGGAACGCACUUUCGGAAUUGUGGCCAGCAAGUGGCGUCUUCUCCGAAAGGAAAUUGAAACUUCUGUAGAACAUGCAGACAUUAUUAUUCAGUGCAUCUGCGUCUUGCACAAUACAAUAAUCGAUAAAGAUGGGCCUGACAUUUCCCUUCAAUUGUCUAUUGACCAGGACAUAACAGAACACAGUGCUUUAGCAGCAUGCUUCCAAAAUGACAGAGCAAACAGUAGUGCUUCAAGAAGAGCGAGGAGUGUCAGAGAGGCCUCCAAAAACUAUUUCAACAGUCAUUAAUGCAGAAAUAUUUCAUGUCAAAAUUAUCA